CCCCCUUACAGACGCUAAGGCUGAGUACUCGCCUCCACCAAAGCCUCCUCCCAACAAGCUAGAGGUGUGUGUGGGGGUGAUUCUGUGCCUGCGUGACCCUCAGUGACACAAGGGACAGCAUGGUUGUGAGCGACACUCUGUUUCAUUCCUUGUGUUGCAAUGUGAGUUGUGUAUAGAGAUCGUUGAUGUUGUUAUUUGGCGUCCGUGGGUGCUACUGUGAGGGGUAUUCAGCCUGUGCGAUAUGGUACGAGUGUGCGGUAUGUGUGAGGUAAGCUGUAGGGAGUGUGAGACUUUCGGAUUGGGAAGGUUCGGGACGCCACAUGGGUGUGUGAUAAUAUGAUCCCAUUUAUGUGUGGCUGUGUGUGUGUGACAUUUACUGAGAUUCUUUUUGUGUCUUGUUGAGGCUCUGAUAUAUGGGUGUGUAGCAACACAGGGUGUGUCAUCUUUUGUGCCUAGGCGACUGGUGGGACGUUUUAAGCCUGUAAGACUGUGUGAUUGUGAACUUUGUGUUGUGUGAGUGUAGACACUCUAUGACACCUUGGAGGCGUGUGACAUGUGUGACUGUAUGUGCCAUUGGUGGUGGUGGCUGUAUCUAAGUGGGUCACUGUUCAAGUGACUUCAUAUGACCCUCAUUGUGGUGGUGGCUGUAUAUGAGUUAUCAAUGUAUGACCCUGCAGGACGCUGUUUACUGUAUUGGUGACUACAUGUGACACUACUGGUGAUAUAUGAGUGUCACUGUUGGUGGUGGCUAUAUCUGAGUGUGUGUCACAGUGAAUGACCCUGCAGGCACAUUCCAAAGAGGAAAACACUACAAAUGACUGCGUGUGACAGACGGUUCGAAGGUUUGACCCUGACUGACCCCGUACGAAGGAGUGACACCGUGAGAGUGUGAAUGUGGAGAGAGUGUGUGACGUUGCCAGGGGCCCGGUGUGUGAGUGGCAGUGUGGGAGUGUGUGACGCUGCCUCGAGCGCUCGCGAGCGCGGCUGUGCAUCACACGCGUGGCCCGGUGUGUGACAGCGCGGGCGGCGGGGCGGCGUGCGGGAGGGGUCCCGGGGGCGUGCGGAGCGGCUGCGGCGCGUGGGGGAGGCGCGACGGCGGCGGCGCAUGCGGAUCUGGCCGAGCGGCGGGCCGGCGGGGCCGAAUAGAGCCGGGCCCGGCCCGGCGACGAACGCCCGCAGGGAGGGCGGUGCUGCGCGGCGAGCAUCCGGGACCGCAUCGGCGGCCGGCGCCCAGGCCCUGCCUUCCCCAAUGGCACAAGUACCAGGGGAAGUGGACAACAUGGAGGGCCCGGCAGCCUCCAACAACAACAACCCUGCAGCCCGCUGGGAGAGCCCAGAUCGGGGCUGGGACCGGGAGCCUCCGGCAGCCGCCAACGCUGCCGCUUCGCUCUUCGAGUGUUCUAGGAUCAAGGCCUUAGCAGAUGAACGAGAGGCUGUGCAGAAGAAAACCUUCACCAAGUGGGUGAAUUCGCACCUCGCUCGCGUGGGCUGCCACAUCGGAGACCUGUAUGCAGACCUGAGGGAUGGCUUUGUCCUCACCCGGCUCCUGGAAGUGCUGUCGGGGGAGCAGCUGCCGAGACCCACUCGCGGCCGCAUGCGGAUCCACUCGCUGGAGAACGUGGACAAGGCUCUGCAGUUCCUGAAGGAGCAGCGCGUGCACCUGGAGAACGUGGGGUCACAUGACAUCGUGGAUGGGAACCACCGACUGACGCUGGGGCUGGUCUGGACCAUCAUCCUGCGCUUCCAGAUUCAAGUCAUCAAGAUUGAGACAGAAGACAACAGAGAGACCCGCUCGGCCAAGGACGCUCUGCUCUUGUGGUGCCAGAUGAAGACAGCUGGUUACCCUGAGGUAAACAUCCAGAAUUUCACUACUAGCUGGAGAGAUGGCCUGGCCUUCAAUGCCCUCAUCCAUCGCCACAGGCCUGAUCUUGUGGACCUCAGCAAACUUACCAAGUCCAACGCCAACUACAACCUGCAGAGAGCUUUCCGCACAGCCGAGCAGCACCUGGGGCUAGCACGUCUGCUGGACCCCGAAGACGUGAACAUGGAGGCUCCAGAUGAGAAGUCCAUCAUCACCUACGUGGUCUCCUUCUACCACUACUUCUCCAAGAUGAAGGCUCUGGCUGUGGAGGGAAAACGGAUUGGGAAGGUCCUGGACCAGGUGUUGGAGGUGGACAAGAUCAUAGAGCGCUACGAGGAGCUGGCGGCGGAGCUGCUGGCCUGGAUCCACCGCACCGUGGACCUCAUCAGCAACCAAAAGUUUGCCAACUCACUGAGUGGGGUGCAGCAGCAGCUGCAGGCUUUCACUGCCUACUGUACCCUGGAGAAGCCGGUCAAGUUUCAGGAGAAGGGGAACCUGGAGGUGCUACUCUUCAGCAUCCAAAGCAAACUGCGCGCCCACAACCGGCGCCUCUUUGUGCCUCGGGAAGGCUGUGGCAUCUGGGAUAUUGACAAGGCAUGGGGUGAGCUGGAGAAGGCAGAGCAUGAGCGAGAGGCAGCCCUCAGAGCUGAGCUCAUCCGACAGGAGAAGUUGGAACUCUUGGCUCAAAGAUUUGACCACAAGGUGGCCAUGAGGGAGAGCUGGCUAAAUGAGAACCAGCGCCUGGUCUCUCAGGACAACUUCGGAUAUGAGCUGCCGGCAGUGGAGGCAGCCAUGAAGAAGCACGAAGCCAUCGAGGCUGACAUCGCGGCCUACGAGGAGCGGGUUCAGGGUGUGGCGGAGCUAGCCCAGGCAUUGGCAGCUGAAGGCUACUAUGAUGCCCGGCGAGUGGCAGCCCAGCGUGACAGCGUCCUCCGCCAGUGGGCCCUGCUGACUGGGCUGGUAGGUGCCCGGCGGACCCGGCUUGAGCAGAAUCUGGCCCUGCAGAAGGUCUUCCAGGAGAUGGUCUACAUGGUGGACUGGAUGGAGGAAAUGCAGACUCAGCUGCUGUCUCGGGAAUGUGGGCAGCACCUGGUGGAGGCUGAUGACCUGCUGCAGAAGCAUGGGCUACUGGAGGGCGACAUCGCAGCCCAGAGCGAGCGGGUGGAGGCCCUCAAUGCUGCAGCCCUGAGAUUCUCCCAGUUGCAGGGCUACCAACCCUGCGACCCUCAGGUCAUUUGCAACCGUGUGAACCACGUGCACGGUUGUCUGUCGGAGCUGCAGGAGCAGGCGGCGCGGCGGCGCGCGGAGCUGGAAGCCUCUCGGAGCCUGUGGGCGCUGCUGCAGGAGCUGGAGGAGGCGGAGAGCUGGGCACGGGACAAGGAGCGCCUCCUAGAGGCCACGAGCGGCAGUGGUGGCGCGGCGGGCACGGCGGGAGGCGCGCACGACCUGUCCAGCACCGCUCGCCUGCUGGCGCAGCACAAGAUCUUGCAGGGCGAACUGGGCGGCCGGCGGGCGCUACUGCAGCAGGCGCUGCGACGUGGAGAGGAGCUGGCUGCGGCGGGCGGCUCCGUGGGCCCCGGCGCCGAGCCCUUGCACUUGGCUGGUCUGGCGGAGCGCGCGGCUAGCGCUCGGCGCCGCUGGCAGCGACUGGAAGAGGCGGCUGCGCGCCGGGAACGGAGGCUGCAGGAGGCACGGGCGUUGCACCAGUUUGGCGCCGACCUGGACGGGCUCCUGGACUGGCUUCGCGACGCGUAUCGUCUGGCAGCCGCCGGAGAUUUCGGUCACGACGAAGCGUCCAGCCGUCGCCUGGCGCGCCAGCACCGAGCUCUCACCGGGGAGGUGGAAGCGCACCGUGGCCCUGUGGGUGGCCUGAGGCGUCAGCUGGCAACACUGGGAGGAGCCAGUGGCGCCGGGCCGCUGGUGGUGGCGCUGCAGGUGCGCGUGGUGGAAGCAGAACAGUUGUUCGCGGAGGUGACCGAGGUGGCCGCGCUGAGACGACAGUGGCUUCGGGACGCGCUCGCGGUGUACCGCAUGUUUGGAGAGGUGCAUGCCUGCGAGUUGUGGAUCGGAGAGAAAGAGCAGUGGCUGCUGGCCAUGCGUGUGCCCGACUCCCUCGACGACGUUGAGGUGGUGCAGCACCGAUUUGAAAGUCUGGACCAGGAAAUGAACAGCCUAAUGGGCCGAGUCUUGGAUGUGAACCAAACAGUUCAGGAGUUGGUGGAAGGAGGUCACCCCAGCUCCGAUGAGGUGCGCUCCUGUCAGGACCAUCUCAACAGCAGGUGGAACCGCAUCGUGGAGCUGGUAGAACAGCGCAAAGAGGAGAUGAGCGCCGUGCUGCUGGUGGAGAACCAUGUACUGGAGGUGGCCGAGGUGCGCGCCCAGGUGCGAGAGAAGCGGAGGGCGGUGGAGAGCGCGCCCCGGGCGGGCGGAGCCCUGCAGUGGCGCCUGAGUGGCCUGGAGGCGGCCCUACAGGCUCUGGAGCCGCGACAGGCCGCACUUCUGGAGGAGGCGGCGUUGUUGGCGGAACGCUUCCCGGCACAGGCGACGCGCCUGCACCAGGGCGCCGAGGAGCUGGGAGCGGAGUGGGGUGCACUGGCUGGAGCGGCUCAGGCUUGCGGAGAGGCGGUGGCGGCGGCAGGUCGCCUGCAACGUUUCCUGCGCGAUUUGGAUACUUUCCUGGACUGGCUGGUGCGUGCGCAGGAGGCAGCGGGCGCCGUCGAGGGGCCUCUGCCGCGUAGCCUGGAGGAGGCGGACGGGCUGCUGGCGCGCCAUGCCGCACUCAAGGAGGAGGUGGAUCAGCGCGAGGAGGACUACGCGCGCAUCGUAGCUGCCAGUGAGGCGUUGCUGGCGUCCGACGGUGCCGAGCUGGGCCCCGGUCUGGCGCUAGACGAAUGGCUGCCGCAUCUCGAGGUUGGCUGGCACAAACUGCUCGGCUUGUGGGAGGAGCGCAGGGAGGCUCUGGUCCAGGCGCACGUCUAUCAGCUCUUCCUGAGAGACCUGUGCCAGGCGCUCGCGGUGCUGCGCAACCAGGAGGUGGCGCUGUCUGGCGCUGAACUCCCUUGCACAGUGGAGUCGGUAGAGGAGGCCAUGAAAAGGCACCGGGAUUUCCUCACCACGAUGGAGCUGAACCAGCAAAAGAUGCAGGUGGCGGUUCAAGCUGCAGAGGGCCUGCUGCGGCAAGGCAACGCCUACGGGGAGCAGGCGCAGGAGGCAGUGGCCCGGCUGCUAGAGAAGAGCCAAGAAAAUCAGCUGAGGGCCCAGCAGUGGAUGCAAAAACUCCUGGACCAGCUUGUGCUGCAGCACUUUCUUAGAGAUUGUCAUGAGCUGGAUGGCUGGAUCCACGAGAAAAUGCUGAUGGCUCGUGAUGGCACCCGAGAAGACAGCCACAAGCUGCACAAGAGAUGGCUCCGGCACCAGGCGUUCAUGGCUGAGCUGGCUCAGAAUAAGGAGUGGCUGGAGAAGAUAGAAAGGGAGGGCCAGCAACUGAUGCAGGAGAAACCGGAGCUGGCAGCUUCUGUGCGCAAGAAAUUAGGUGAGAUCCGGCAGUGCUGGGCAGAGCUGGAGAGCACCACACAGGCCAAGGCGCGCCAGCUCUUCGAGGCCAGCAAGGCGGACCAGCUGGUGCAGAGCUUCGCAGAGCUGGACAAGAGGCUGCUCCACAUGGAAAGCCAGUUGCAGGACGUAGACCCCGGUGGAGACCUGGCCACCGUCAACAGCCAGCUCAAGAAGUUACAGUCUAUGGAGUCUCAGGUGGAGGAGUGGUGUCGAGAGGUGGGCGAGCUGCAGGCGCAGACAGCGGCGCUUCCACUGGAGCAGGCGAGCAAGGAGUUGGUGGGCGAGCGGCAGAGCGCGGUGGGAGAGCGCCUGGUGCGCCUGCUGGAGCCUUUGCAGGAGCGUCGCCGCUUGCUGCUGGCAUCCAAGGAGCUGCAUCAGGUGGCACACGACCUGGAUGACGAACUGGCGUGGGUUCAAGAGCGGCUGCCGCUGGCCAUGCUGACAGAGCGAGGCACUGGCUUGCAGGCUGUCCAGCAGCACAUCAAAAAGAACCAGGGCCUGAGGCGGGAGAUCCAGGCUCACGGGCCGCGCUUGGAGGAGGUGCUGGAGCGCGCGGGCGUGCUGGCCUCGUUGCGCAGCCCGGAGGCUGAGGCGGUGCGCCGCGGCCAGGAGCAGCUGCAGAGCGCCUGGACCGGACUGCGGGAAGCCACUGAACGGCGGCAGCAGACGCUGGACGCCGCCUUCCAGGUGGAACAGUACUACUUUGACGUGGCUGAGGUGGAGGCAUGGCUGGGCGAGCAGGAGCUGCUCAUGAUGAGUGAGGACAAGGGCAAGGAUGAACAAAGCACUCUGCAGCUGCUCAAGAAGCAUCUGCAACUGGAGCAGGGAGUGGAGAACUAUGAAGAAAGCAUUGCCCAGCUGUCACGCCAGUGCCGGGCGCUACUGGAAAUGGGACACCCAGACAGUGAGCAGAUCAGCCGUCGACAGUCCCAGGUGGAUCGCCUCUAUGUGGCGCUCAAGGAGCUGGGUGAAGAGCGCAGGGUGAGCCUGGAACAGCAGUACUGGCUAUACCAGCUCAGCCGCCAGGUGGACGAGCUGGAACACUGGAUAGCCGAGAAGGAGGUGGUAGCUGGUUCACCAGAGCUGGGCCAGGACUUUGAACAUGUGUCGGUGCUACAGGAGAAAUUCUCAGAGUUCGCCAGUGAGACAGGAACCGCAGGGCGGGAGCGGCUGGCAGCAGUAAACCAGAUGGUGGACGAGCUGAUUGAGUGUGGCCACACAGCAGCGGCCACCAUGGCUGAGUGGAAGGACGGGCUGAACGAGGCCUGGGCUGAACUGCUGGAGCUCAUGGGCACUCGGGCCCAGCUGCUUGCUGCCUCUCGGGAGCUGCAUAAGUUCUUCAGUGAUGCCCGAGAGCUUCAAGGGCAGAUCGAGGAGAAGCGGAGGAGGCUGCCCCGCCUGACGGCACCACCUGAGCCCAGACCCAGCGCUAGCUCCAUGCAGCGGACCCUGCGAGCCUUUGAGCACGACCUGCAGCUCCUCGUGUCGCAGGUGCGGCAGCUGCAGGAAGGGGCGGCCCAGUUGCGGACUGUGUACGCGGGCGAGCACGCAGAGGCCAUCGCCAGCCGUGAGCAGGAGGUGUUGCAGGGCUGGAAGGAGCUGCUGGCAGCCUGUGAGGAUGCUCGUCUGCACGUCAGCUCCACGGCUGACGCCCUGCGCUUCCACAGCCAGGCCCGAGACUUGCUCUCCUGGAUGGACGGCAUCGCGGGCCAGAUCGGGGCAGCUGACAAACCCAGGGAUGUAUCAUCCGUGGAGGUGCUUAUGAACUACCACCAGGGCCUGAAGACAGAAUUGGAGGCUCGUGUGCCUGAGCUGACAGCCUGCCAGGAGCUGGGGCGUUCUCUAUUACUCAACAAAAGUGCCAUGGCUGAUGAGAUCCAGGCACAGUUGGACAAGCUGGGAAGCCGGAAGGAGGAGGUGUCGGAGAAGUGGGACCGGCACUGGGAGUGGCUGCAACAGAUGCUGGAGGUACACCAGUUUGCUCAGGAGGCCGUGGUGGCUGACGCCUGGCUGACAGCUCAGGAGCCGCUCCUGCAGAGCCGGGAGCUGGGCAGCAGUGUGGAUGAGGUGGAGCAGCUUAUCCGGCGACACGAGGCCUUCCGAAAAGCGGCUGCGGCGUGGGAGGAGAGGUUCAGCUCUCUGCGGCGCUUGACCACGAUCGAGAAACUCAAGGCAGAACAGAGUAAGCAGCCACCCACCCCAUUGCUGGGGCGCAAGUUCUUUGGGGACCCCACAGAGCUGGCGGCCAAGGCAGCACCCUUGCUGCGUCCAGGGGGCUAUGACAGGGGCCUGGAGCCUUUGGCCCGCAGGGCCUCGGACACGCUGUCAGCGGAGGUGCGGACCCGGGUUGGUUAUGUGCGCCAGGAGCUCAAGCCCGAGCGUCUCCAGCCGCGCAUUGACCGGCUGCCGGAGACCUCGGGGAAGGUAGAACCCGCGGCCCCAACAGCCGCAGCGUUGGACACGACGGACACCCCUGGAACUCCGGCGGUGACGGAGCAGGUCCGGCCCCGGCCGGAGCGCCAGGAGUUAGCGGAUCGUGCGGAGGAGCUGCCACGGAGACGAAGAUCAGAACGCCAGGAGUCCACGGAUCAACCCGAGGAGGCAGCGCGGAGGCGGCGGCCUGAGCGCCAGGAGUCCGCGGACCACGAGGGGCCUCACAGCCUUACUCUGGGUCGCUAUGAGCAAAUGGAGAGGCGGAGGGAGCGGCGGGAGCGGCGGAUAGAACGACAGGAGUCUAGCGAGCAGGAGACUCCCACCAGAGGAGAGCUGGUCAAAGGGAAGGCCACCCUGGCUGACAUCGUGGAGCAGCUUCAGGAGAAAGAGGCAGGCCCAGGGCUCCCUGCUGCGGUGCCGUCGCUGCCUCAGCCUCGGGAGCUUCCCCCUGGUCGCCUGCCCAACGGGCUUGAGCCGCCCGAGCGGACACCUCGGCCCGAUCGGCCGCGGGCACGGGACCGGCCCAAGCCCCGCCGGCGGCCACGGCCUCGAGAGGGUGGUGAGGGCGGGGGAAGCCGGCGCUCGCGCUCCGCCCCUGCUCAGGGAGGCUCCGCCCCCGCGCCUCCACCUCCGCCCACUCACACAGUGCAGCACGAGGGCUUCCUGCUGCGCAAGCGCGAGCUCGACGCUAACCGCAAGUCGUCCAACCGGUCGUGGGUGAACCUGUACUGUGUGCUCAGCAAGGGGGAGCUGGGCUUCUACAAGGACUCCAAAGGCCCAGCAUCAGGGGGCACGCAUGGCGGGGAGCCACUGCUCAGCCUGCACAAAGCCACCAGCGAGGUGGCUAGUGACUACAAGAAAAAGAAGCAUGUCUUCAAGCUCCAAACCCAGGAUGGCAGCGAGUUCUUGCUCCAGGCUAAAGAUGAGGAGGAGAUGAACGGCUGGCUGGAGGCUGUGGCUAACUCCGUGGCAGAACACGCCGAGAUCGCCCGAUGGGGCCAGACACUACCUACCACAUCAUCCACAGACGAGGGCAACCCCAAGCGUGAGGGCGGGGAGCGUAGGGCCAGCGGGCGCCGGAAGUGAUCCCAGGGCAGGAAGAUGGCUGCGGAUGUGCCACGGUGGGCCUGAAAUAGAAGGGACUUCUGCACUCCAAGAAGUGGUGGUAGGGGAUUGCUGUCCCUAUUAGCCAUAUCUCGGUCCCUUCCUGCUCGUCAACCCCACCCCAGGUGCUGGGGCUCCAUUCUUUUUAUGCAAUAACUGAGCUUGAUGGGGACGGGCAGGGAGCCAGUUGAGCCAAGCCCCCUGCCUAAUCGUCAGAUCCUGCCCCAAGAAACUGGAGUGGCGAGGGAUCUAGGAGGUGGUGAUUUGUUGGCCUCCUCUCCGCCCUAAGGAUGGACAACGGGGGCGCUGGUGAGGUCCCCUGGACCAUCCAGGGUGCUAGGGGGUGGGGAGGGGACACACUCCCUCCCUGCCUUUACCUCACUUCCAAUGCUGCCUUGAUCUGUCUGGGAAGAGGGAGGAAAGGGGCCCUUAGCCCCUGUACUCCGCCAUCUCAGAGCCAUGCGGUUAAUUCUUGACUUAGUUUAUUUUUGCAAAAACCUAGACCUCCCUCUCCUUUCCCCCGCCCCGCAUCCGCGAAGGCUUUUAAUAGGAGGGGAGUCAAAGUUCAAAACUGUCUUCCUCUCCCCUCCCCGAUUCCAGCUGUAAAUGCCACUUCCCGAGGGGAGGGGGGUGGGGAAGCCCUCCCCCUGCAUGCUUCUGGCUGGAGCACCUCCCUGGGAGUCGGGAGAUCAGGGUUACAGGCAACCUCAGUGGCUGCUUGGAGACGCCGCCAGGGCCUGGGGUGCGGGGCGGUGUGGCAGGCGCACACUGUAUGUACCUAUAAUAAACCCUUUUGGCUUUGAUGGUC